AUGGCGCUCAACGGGGCGCACCGCCUUCGCUUCCCUUGGCGUACCGAAGGUGGCCCGAAGGAGCUGUCCCGACUCCUUGAUGAGAAAGUGGCCACAAUGGCCCAGCGUAGGCACCUGGUGUUUGACACUGGACUUGGUGAAUUCCUGGACUGGGAAGAAAGCACAAUUUUAACAGCAAGCGUAAAGAUCAGAGCAGUGCAGCUGGAGCCCCCAGAACCACCAACUCAGCAUCCACCUGUGGUCAAAGCACAGAUUUUUCAUGAGUUCAAAAUGCUUGGUGGCAAGCCACCAAUGGAAACCCUUUUGGAUGCAGCACAGAAGCAUAUUGACAAGAUCUUAAACAUGAUGAAGAAGAAAGUGGAGCCAACAACUUCACAGGCUGACAUGGUGUUUGUGAACUACGGUCGGCGAAAGGACAUGGAUCAGCUCGAAGAGAACGGUGUCGAGGUCGAAGGGCGCAUCUGCCUAGCGCGCUUUGGAGGUGCACAUCCCGUAGACAAGUGUCGCAACUGUCACGAGCGCGGUGGGGUCGGCCUGCUUGUGUUCGCCGACCCGGAGGACGUGGCACCAUUGGGCCCGCUGAAGGUGUACCCGGACACCGCCUUCGUGGACGGCUCGGCACUGCAGCGCGGCUCUCUCUACCACUACGGUGACCCCGAGACGCCUGGAUACCCCUCCGUCGACAAGGCUCUUCGAGGGGAGGACUCCAAUAAUCUCGCGCCAAUACCUGCGCUUGUGAUUGGAUACGACGAUGCUGAUGUAUUUCUCAAGUCGCUCGGAGGCGAGCAACUCGGUUGGAAGGGAGGACUGAAUGACACUUACAAGACGGGACCGCUGUUCCCAGAAGGAAGAAAAAUUCAAAUGUCUGUGAGCAGCACAAGGGUGACACGAGUGGUGAAGAGCGUGCUGGGAAUCGUCAGAGGAAGCGGAGAACCAGAUCGCUUUGUCAUCACGGGUGCGCACCAUGACUCGUGGGGUUACGGAGCCAUCGAGCCGUCAUCAGCCACUGCCGCGUUGCUUGAGCUCGGUCGUGCCCUGGGUGCCCUGAUAAAGCGUGGCUGGGCUCCCCGUCGAACCAUCGUGUUGGCCUCGUGGGCAGCCGGGCAAAUGGCAUUCGCCGGAUCCAGCGAGUGGGUCGAG